UAAAAAAAAUGUAAAUUGUCAUAAAUUUUCCCGCUAAAACCACAGCUGGUCUCAUAGUCUUAACUGUGGAGUUCGGCGGUUAAUGGAAACUUAUUAAAAAUUGUUACUGUAAGCAUUAUUUAUAGUUCAGAAGUCAGAAUCAUCUACAGUUCCGGUUAUUUUGAUACUGCAAAGUGCAAUCAAAACUAAUUUGCAGGCACAAUAUGGUUGGAAAAAUGAAUAGACUCUACGUCUUAAAACGAGGAGGCAGAAUGGAAGAAGUACAUAUUGAUAAAAUUACAUCUCGAUUAAAGAAGCUUUGUUAUGGCCUUAACAUGGACUUUGUAGAUCCUGUGAGCAUUACUCUCAAGGUAAUUAGUGGAAUAUAUUCUGGAGUAACAACAGUUGAACUUGAUAAUCUAGCUGCCGAAACUGCUGCAACAAUGACUACAGAUCACCCAGACUAUGCAGUACUUGCUGCCCGAGUUGCAAUAUCCAACUUACACAAAGAGACUAAGAAGCAUUUUUCUGAUGUAAUAUCGGACUUAUACAACAUUGUCAACCCACACACAAAGAAAAGAUCACCCAUGAUAUCAGAUUUCCAUUACAAUGUUGUUAUGAAUAACAAGGAAAAACUGGACUCUGCAAUUGUCUAUGAUCGUGAUUUUAAAUAUAACUAUUUUGGUUUCAAGACUCUUGAGCGCUCAUACUUACUUAGAAUUAACAACAAGGUUGCUGAGAGACCUCAACAUAUGCUUAUGAGAGUAGCCAUUGGAAUUCACGGUGAAGACAUUGAUGCUGCCAUUGAUACUUACAAUUUAUUGUCAGAAAAAUAUUUUACUCAUGCCAGUCCCACUCUCUUCUCUGCUGCCACUCCUCGUCCUCAGCUUUCAUCUUGUUUCCUUUUAGCAAUGAAGGAUGAUAGCAUAGAGGGAAUAUAUGAUACCCUUAAACAGACUGCUCUGAUUUCAAAGUCAGCAGGAGGAAUAGGCCUCCAUGUACACUGUAUUAGAGCAAAAGGAACAUAUAUAGCUGGUACAAAUGGUGUUUCUAACGGACUUGUACCUAUGUUGAGAGUUUAUAAUAAUACUGCAAGAUAUGUUGAUCAAGGAGGUAACAAGAGACCAGGUGCUUUUGCUAUUUAUUUAGAACCAUGGCAUGCAGAUAUUUUUGAAUUCUUGGAUUUGAGGAAAAAUACAGGUAAGGAAGAGGUUCGGGCAAGGGAAUUAUUCUAUGCUUUAUGGAUACCAGAUUUAUUUAUGAAACGAGUGGAGAAUAAUGAAAACUGGAGUCUUAUGUGUCCACAUGACUGUCCGGGUCUUGCUGAUUGUUGGGGAGAAGAAUUUGAGCAGUUAUAUGAAAAAUAUGAACAAGAAAAAAGAUAUGUAAAGCAAGUUAAUGCACAGAUUUUGUGGAAAUCCAUCAUAGAGGCUCAAGUGGAGACUGGGAAUCCCUUCAUGCUUUAUAAAGAUGCAUGUAAUAGAAAAAGCAAUCAGAAAAAUCUUGGCACUAUAAAAUGUAGUAACCUUUGUACAGAAAUAGUUGAAUAUACAUCAAGUGAUGAAGUUGCUGUUUGUAAUUUAGCAUCAAUAGCAUUGAAUAUGUUUGUGAAAAAUGACAAAACAUAUGAUUUUGAUAAGCUGAAAGAUGUAACAAAAACUAUAACUAAAAAUCUCAAUAAGAUAAUAGAUGUAAACUUUUAUCCAGUGCCUGAAGCCAAAAAUUCAAAUCUCAGACAUAGGCCUAUUGGGAUUGGGGUCCAAGGCCUGGCAGAUGCAUUUGUUCUAAUGCGUAUUCCUUAUGAAAGUGAAAAAGCUCUAGAGCUUAACCAAAAAAUAUUUGAAACCAUUUAUUAUGGUGCUUUAGAAGCUAGUUGUGAAUUAGCUGAAAGAGAUGGUGUCUACAGUACAUAUGAAGGCUCUCCUGCAAGUCAGGGAAUAUUGCAGUAUGAUAUGUGGAAUAAGAUACCUACAGAUCUCUGGGAUUGGGCAAAACUUAAAGAAAAAAUUUCAAAACAUGGUCUACGCAACUCAUUAUUACUUGCCCCAAUGCCUACUGCAUCUACAGCACAAAUACUUGGAAAUAAUGAAUCGUUUGAGCCAUUCACUUCAAACAUUUACCAGAGAAGAGUUUUAUCAGGAGAGUUCCAAGUUGUCAAUCAUCAUCUCCUUAGGGAUCUUACACAAGCUGAAUUAUGGGAUGAUGAUAUGAAGAAUUUAAUAAUCCAUAAUAAUGGUUCUAUACAAAAUAUUGAUGCAAUUCCAAAAGAAAUAAAGGACUUGUACAAAACGGUUUGGGAGAUAUCAGUGAAAACAACUAUUCAAAUGGCCGCUGACCGAGGUGCAUUUAUUGAUCAAAGUCAAUCCUUUAAUAUUCAUGUUGCAGAACCAAAUUAUGGAAAGCUUACUUCUAUACAUUUCCAUUCUUGGAAAAUGGGGCUCAAAACAGGGAUGUAUUAUCUACGUACAAAACCGGCAGUUAACGCGAUUCAGUUCACAGUUGAUAAAUCAAAAGUUAAAGUAACCAACGGGAAACCGGAAAAUGAAGAAGCUGACUUAUCAAUGAUAGCAUGCUCAUUAUUAAACAAAGAUCAAUGUUUGAGCUGUGGAUCCUAAAACUUUGUAUCCUUAUUUUUUAAAUGAUUAAGAUUAAGUAUAUAAUAUUUUUUUUAAUACACAGUAAUUUUUGCAA